AUGCGCACUCCCGCUGGGCCCGCGGGUAGGAAGCGGCGGCUCGACCGCGGCGUCUGCGCAGGCGCCGGGGGCGGAGCUAACGUGACGCGUGGGGUCCGGCUCUUCCCUCCCGCCCCCCGGCUGCAACGGCCACGUCGGCGGGCCCCCCCGACCCCGACCCCGACCCGCGGGGCGCGGACUCCGCGUCUUCUUCGGGAGGUUCCCGGAUCUUCCCGGCCCCGCAUGAGCCAGGGGGCUAUGCCCCAGCCGGAGGGCUGGCCGGGGGCCGGACGGCCGGACCCCCCGGCGCUGGAGCCGGAGAGGGCUCCGCCGGGCCGGGGGCAGGCGGCGACGGCCCGGGACCCGGCGGGACCCGGAGGCCCACGGACCUCGGCGGCCACGCCGCUGGACGCGGAACAUGAGGAGGACAUGUAUCGUGCUGCAGAUGAAAUAGAAAAGGAAAAAGAAUUACUUAUUCACGACCGAGAGUCAUCUGAACACAAAUUAAGUGUGGCACCAGAAAUGGAUAUCAUGGACUAUUGUAAAAAAGAGUGGAGAGGAAAUACACAAAAGGCAAAAUGUAUGAAAAAGGGCUACGAAGAAGUUUCUAAGAAAUUUACCUCUAUAAGGAGAGUGCGGGGAGACAACUACUGUGCCCUCAGGGCAACUCUGUUCCAGGCAAUGAGCCAAGCCACUGAGCUCCCGACCUGGCUUCAGGAUCAAGAUAUAGUGAAGUUACCAGAAAAGCUCAUCAGCAGAUACAGCUGGAUCAAGCAUUGGGAACUUGGCCUCAAACUUGCUGGGAAGGGAGAGGACCUGAGUGACAAAAUUCAAGAAUCCCUAGCUCUGUUAAGGAGGAAGUGGGCCAGUCUGGCUGAAAUGAAAAUCACGGAAGACAAGCAAGCCGCUUGUGAUGAGCUGUUUGGAAAUGAGGAGGAAGAAUACAGCCUCUAUGAAGCUGUGAAAUUUUUGAUGCUGAACACAGCUAUCGAACUUUAUGAUCAUAAAGAAAAUGGAAAGGAAGUACCAUUUUUCUCUGUGCUUCUGUUUGCUCGAGACACAUCCAGUGAUCCCGGUCAGUUGCUGAGGAAUCAUUUGAAUCAAGUUGGGCGCACUGGUGGCCUUGAGCAAGUUGAAAUGUUUCUUCUGGCCUAUGCUGUGUGCCACACCAUCCAAGUGUAUCGGCUGUCCAAGUACAACACCGAAGAAUUCAUCACCCUGUAUCCGACAGAGCCCCAGCAGGGCUGGCCCAUGGUGACUCUGAUAGCUGAGGAUGACCGGCAUUACAACAUUCCCGUCAGAGUGUGUGAGGAGACCAGCUUGUGAAUCCAAGCGGCCCUUCUUCUGAGCUCCAGGGGCUGGGGCCGAAAUGACAGGUCUCUGUCAUCCCUAAGCCCGAGGGACCAUGCUACAAUUUAUGAGACCCUCCCUCACCGUAUAUGGUAUCUGAAUUUAGAUUCCACAAAAGACUACCUUUGGACCCUACAGGAAGUGGAUCCAUUGAGCAUAGUCUUUUCCUGGGUGAUGGGUCACAUUAAGAGGCCUAUACAGAAGGUGUAAAGUCCAUGCCUCUAAUAGAGCAAAAUACCUCUGGAUUAGAGACGCCGUUCACAAGGAGACGUACUGUCAAAGCCAGACCUCCCCACAGUGAGAAACUGGCAUUUGAUUCUUUUAGGAAGGGAUUCAGGCAGUGUUUUCAGCGGUGAUGGGUCUCUGUGAUAGUCUUCCUAUGCAAUGUGCCCAAGUGUUCGGGCUCUGGAAGUGAAUUUAGUAAUACCACUUGCUUCUAGGCACUCUUGCCCCAUUGCUGCAGCUGGACAAGGAUGCGGAAGUUGGCUUGUGGUGGUUUUUGGUUUUUGUUUUUUAAUGUUGGAAAUGAAAUAUACUUGAGGGGAUUCUAAUUAGGUAAUGAGGAGAUUAGAACACAUUGGAGGGAUGACCUGGAGGCACAGGGAGACCUGGCAAAGGGGGCACAGAGCUUAUCCGCUCAGAUCACCCUGAAAGAAGCGGGUAGAUCUCUAGGAGAGAGUUGGUCCUCCCUACGUCUGGAUGGUCACAAAGUCCAGGUAACGUCAGGUUGCUGUAGUUAUGGAGUGCCAGGAUUUUAGUCUGAGGCUUCACUGUGCAAGGGAUGGGUGGGAGCUGUAUGUACCUAAGGUUAAGAUUUCUAGGCCCACUGUCCAUGAAUAACCAUAUUUACUCUUUUUUUCAAGUUAUUUAAGUAACAGCGGGCAGCUGUAUCCCAAGGUUGCCAAAGUUGUUGAUUAGGUAGGUCACUCUGAUAUUUUAAUUUGGGCCAAAACACGGUGUAUUAAUUCUAAGAAUAAGAAUGACAAAUUUAAUAAAUUGCAAAAGUACAAUAACCUAA